GUUCGGAUAAGUGCAAACAUUACAAGAUUUACAAUCGUUGAACUGUGUCUUGUAAAUCGGCUGCGUCAAUUUGUUUUGCGUGCAAGAUCGUUUCGCUAUAAAAAGUAUUACACCGUUUUCACCUAACCGUUCAUCCGAAUUCACGGGACAGAAAAAAAACCGUUAUCUAAGUACUAGUUUGUGUUUGGGGGUGUCCUCGCACGUCAAUCAAAACCGUCCAAGUACAUCAGCCACCACUUUGCACGCAGUAGGUGUUGCUGCUAUGCAUUUGCAGUGGGUAAUAUUGGUUUUGGCAAGCACAGUUUGGUAUGGCGUGACUCGCAUAUCAUGUGCAUCCAAAGGCGAUACCUCAUUGACGCCAGACGAUCGCAUUCAGCUAGUCCAAGAAUAUAACCGGCUACUACGCAUCGAGACCGGCUAUCCACUUGGCCCACAAGACUACGGAGCAGGUCGCUACAGCCAACUGCUGGUCACCAACAUACGCCGUAGUCGGUUAAACGAUUUGAAAUGCUCGUACUUGUCCAGUGUCUUAGUGCACAUGAGUCGCACCGGUAUAAUGUUAGUCGUUUGCAGUGACACGGCCGAAGUGAUCAAAACAAUCAAUCAAUAUUCCGGAACCGCGCAGAAACAGUUGGCGACUUUGUACGAGCUCGGCUUUGAAGAUACUGACUUGCUGUGGAGGUUCUAUUUUUACACCAAACUAGUGAAUUCAUUUCCGGAUUGCGUUUCUUCGGACGGCCAUUCUAACGACGCCGAAUCAUUGCAAUGGCUUAUGACGGUGCACGAUGCAAUUUUAACUCAAAUUAAAACAACUGUCGCCGAGUGUCGCCCAGGGGGUGAAUUCGAUCCCACUAACUACGACGUAGAUCCCGCGAUAAUUUAUAAUUUAGACGCACUCAUGACGGACGUGCUGAAUAAUAUCACCAACAUCAACGCGCUGUUGCUUAGGAACAACCAGGACAUCGUCACGUGGGGUAGUGCCGCUUACAUGUCGCUUACAAAUCUAUAUCUCAAUGACUUCGGAUCUCAUAGAAACGUCGAUUACAUGAUGAUCGCAUUUAACGUUCAGGUCGUUUGGAAUAAUGUGCGCGGCACGCUGCACAGAGCUUUGGCUAACGCGCGUCGAAUGGAUUGGCUAACAACAAGUGGGAUGGCGGUUCUGGUCGGAUACCAUACCUUGUGCAUUCAAUUCGUUAAGUUCAUUAUGCUUCGGCUUACGUUGAAACAUCUCAUGUACUUGAAUCAAAAGGUACUAUCGAAUCUGAACCCGGCUGUUCCGGCCGUACCACGGCGGGCGAAUGAAAAAGUAUACGUUACGGAGUGGCAGAACAUUUUAAACGAAUUUGCACUCAUAUUAGAUUUAACCGAUGACUCUUUGUUCAAUGUUUUGGUGGAUAGUUUCGACGGCGUACACGUGUACAAUAAAACGGAAAACAACGGUAUCUUUAAUAUUUUAAUGACAGCCAUCGACAAUUUGUCGCUAUUGCUCGGUUGCGAUGCCAUGGAACCGAUGAUAUUAGAUGGCAAAGAGUUUUUCUACACGUACAACACCCAGAAAGCUCGAGACAAUCCUACAGAGAAUUACAGUAUCAAGAGUGCUCAAUCGUUCGUGAAGUUGGUGAGAGACUCGUUUAAAAAUGUCAGUUUCAAAAUCAUCACCAUGAUUGGUAAGCAAAUAGAAACCUAACAACAACUAUGGCAAAUUAUCAGUGAGUCUUUAUUCAAGAUGACAGCCGAGAUUAUCCAAAACUGGAGUUAAGUCAAAGAUGUUUAUUCAACUUAAUUAAUUACAGCUUAGAAUAGUUUUGUGACCUCAUUUAUUUUUGAAAAAUAACGGAAUCAUUAAAUUAUAAAAUACAUUUGGUAAUUAACAGGUAGUGGUAGU